AUGAGAACACUUUUGAUUUUCUCAGCUCUGCUGGUGGCCAUUUGCGCUCAGAGCAGGUUUGAAGGGGAUCAGGUCCUCCGAAUUACACCCAGAGAUGAAAAACAGGUGAGCCUUGUGAUGUCCUUGGAGGAUCAGGAGCAUCUUCAGCUUGAUAUCUGGCAUCGUCCUGUCAAGUCUGACCUCUUUAUAGAUGUCCAUGUUCCAGAGAACAGUCUUCAGUCCUUCAAAGUGUUUCUGGAAUACAAUGGUAUUCAGUACUCAGUGAUGAUUGAAGACCUGCAGGUGAUGAUUGACAAUGAGAAAGCUGAACUGGAGCAGAUGACCACGAUGGAACGCUCCACCCACUCCUUCAACUAUGGCAAAUACCACACUCUGGAUGAGAUCUAUAGUUGGAUGGACAGUCUUGCUAAUGAAUAUCCAGGACUGGUACAGAAGCAGCAAAUUGGGACUUCAUUCGAAGGUCGCCCACUCUACGUGUUAAAGUUCAGCACUGGUGGGACUGGACGCCCAGCGAUAUGGAUUGACAGUGGGAUCCAUGCCCGUGAGUGGGUCUCACCCGCCAGUGCAAUCUGGAUGGCGAAGAAGAUCAGUGGUGACUAUGGCCAGGAGCCCUUUAUCACAUCCUUGCUAAGGAAAAUGGACAUCUAUAUGGAGAUUGUGGUGAAUCCAGAUGGUUAUGCUUACACCCACACCAUGAACAGAUUGUGGCGUAAGACCAGAUCCACAGGCCCUGGAAGAAAAUGUUUUGGGGUUGAUGCCAACAGGAACUUUGAUGCUGGGUUUGGAGGUCCAGGAACCAGUAACAAAUCAUGCCUGGAGACGUACCAUGGACCCUACCCUAACUCUGAACUUGAGGUUGCAGCUAUUGUGAAUUUUGUGCAGAGUCACAGAAACAUCAAGAGCUUCAUCAGUAUUCACAGUUACUCCCAGCUCAUCAUGUACCCCUUUGGCUACAAGUGUGUGCCCCCUGCUGAUUACCAGGAGCUGGAUGCACUUGCUAAGUCUGCUGUCAGCUCUUUAACCUCACUGUAUGGAACACGUUAUAAGUUCGGGUCUAUCUGCGAAGCAAUAUACCAGGCUAGUGGAGGCAGCAUUGACUGGACAUAUGACCAGGGCAUCAAGUAUUCCUUUGCCUUUGAACUCCGUGACACAGGUCGCUAUGGUUUCUUGCUACCAUCCAGUCAGAUUCUCCCAACCGCUGAGGAGACUUGGUUGGCGAUUAAGACAAUCAUGAGUUAUGUUAGUGACAACUCAUGA